AUGUCGCUAACAAAUUAUUAUUCCAUGAUGGGGCUGCAGACCGAGGAGGCGUACGGUGCACAUUUCCUCACCGCAGGCUUGCAGGCGUCGACGGCGGGCUGCGCAAAGCCAUCCCGCGGCGCGGAGGAGGAGGGGACCCCCGGCUCACACAUUCCGGAUUUUUCCCAUUUCCCCAACAAACCGACGAGCUUAAACGGCUUCUCUCCUUGGACUAACACUCCUCCGGCUCCCUCGCCUUCUUCCCCGCCGCUGCAGGCCGCCCCGGGCGCUCCCAUCCCGGGGCUUUUCCAUCCACAUCACCUCCUCAGCCACCACCAGCAGCACCUCCAGCCCCAGCAGCCCUACUACGCCCCGCAACCGCACGCUGAUCACCUCGCCUCGGCCUCGGAGAGCAGAUUCGUCCGCUGCUGGGAAGGCCCUACUUCCACCUCGGAGGGCAGCUUCCCCGGGUGCCUCCCGGCUGCUCAGGGCUGCCCCUCCAACCCGAGCACAAGGUUCGAGGCGGUAAAGCCGGAGAGCUCGCCGCCCUCGCACGGGAGCCCCGGAGAGGACUCCAGCUUCGCCAGCCCGGGCGAGGUGGUCCUCGAGCGGCUGGGAACCGCCGAGGAGCUGCGGAGGAAGCCGGAACCCAAAAAGGAGGAUGACGACGAGAAGAGGAAAGCCCAACCGGCAGAUCCAGAGAACCCCUCGGCCAGCUGGAUCCACGCCAAAUCCACCCGCAAGAAAAGGUGCCCGUACACCAAGCACCAGACCCUGGAGCUGGAGAAGGAGUUCCUCUACAAUAUGUAUCUGACACGGGACCGCCGCUUGGAGGUGGCGAGACUCUUGAACCUGACCGAACGACAGGUCAAAAUCUGGUUCCAGAACAGACGCAUGAAGAUGAAGAAGCUGAUGAUCCGGGAGAGAAGGAGCAUCAGUGAAUAG